AUGUCGAAAGCUACCCAUAUCAUCCGCUUCGUUGCGAAGGAGGAUGGUCGCAUCCACCUAGGUCAAUUGGUCGACACCAACUGUGAUGUUGGUGUCGACAGUGUGAAGGGGAAGCAGAUCAAAGCAUACCUGAUCAACGGCUCGAUAUUUUGCCCCGAAAUCACUCAGUACAUCUACACUGUCCAGCAAUUACUCUCCCCCGUUUCCAUGGAAGACUGUAAUUAUAUUCGAUGUUUAGGUCUAAACUAUGUUGACCACGCAAUUGAAGGAAAGAUGGCUCUUCCAAAGGCACCCAUUCUCUUUAGCAAGCCUCGUCUGGCCCUCGCGGACCCCUUUCCGGCCGUCAUCCCAAUACCUAAAGCGGCACAGGACGGAACUAGUGACUACGAGGCCGAGUUGUGCGUAGUCAUUGGCAAGACGGGCAAGAAUAUUCCAGAAACUAAGGCGCUAGAUUAUGUUCUUGGUUAUACAUGCAGUAACGAUGUCUCCGCACGGACGUUCCAAUCGGUGACGACGCAAUGGUCGUUCUCUAAAGGUCUGGACGGCAGCUGUCCUCUCGGCCCGGUAUUAGUUACUAAGGACGCCAUUCCUGAUCCUCAAAAUCUGGGCAUCAAGGCCAUUUACAAUGGCCGUACUGUUCAGGAUGGGAACACCAAAGAUAUGAUAUUCAAUAUCGCCAAGCAAAUUAGCUAUCUCUCGCAGGGCACGACCAUCGAGGCUGGUACAGUCUUUCUCACAGGUACACCCGCGGGUAUCGGCUUCUGUCGCAAUCCUAAAGUAGUACUCGAGCAUGGAGAUGACAUCAGAGUCUGGAUCGAAAGAAUUGGUACAUUGGUCAACAAGGUGCGGUAUGAGGAGUGGUAG